AUGGCCGAAGAAAUCAUCACGUGGAUUGAGACGGUUUUGCUAUGGUCUUUAGCUGGACUCGCAGUGUGGGAUUCGCCAUUCUCGCCAAAUUCCCUGUUUCGCUCAGUUGCUGUUACGACAGCAGUCGCGUACCUGUCACUUUAUUUGUUGGCCAGCCUUUGGCAGAACCAGGUGACAGAGAUUGUCCCCGAACCAUAUUUAGACGAAAUUUUUCAUAUCCCACAGGCUCAAGCGUAUUGUGUUGGGGCGUAUGAUAUUUGGGACCCCAAGCUCACCACUCCCCCUGGCCUCUAUGUUUUUGCAACUUUAUUCUCCAAGUUGUUUCGAAACUUUUGGUGCAGCCCAUACACAUUACGACUCUUCAAUGUCUUUGCUCUCGUUAUGACAAUGUCAUAUGCUUCCGAUUGCAGGUCACUUAUCGCGCUGAUCUGGAAGCCGAACUCGACGCUUCAUAUUUCCAAAUGGAUCGGUGCGGGGAAGCCUGCGUCUGCUAAUGUAUUGCAUACUUCACUCAACAUCGCGCUGUUUCCACUGUUGUUCUUCUUUUCGGGACUCUUCUACACAGAUGUCUUGUCAACUUGCAUCGUGUUGAGGAUGUAUCGAAUAUAUCUUGAGAGAAAAGGUGCUUACACAAACUCGCACGAGGGCUUGAUAUGGAUGUAUCUUACUGGCAUGGUAGCUUUGACGAUGCGGCAGACCAAUAUCUUUUGGGUCUCCGUGUUUAUGGGCGGCUUGGAAUUGGUAAGGACAAUCAAGACCACUCAAACAGCAAGCAUUGAAGUUGUACCGUCGCCUUGGAAUUGGAAGGAGUUAGUCAUGGCAAAGUUGAAAAAAUACAGCAAUGGCGAGAUACACGACAUUCCCCUCGGAGAUGCCGGUGUUCAUGACUUCGCUUUGUGUGCCAUCAGUAUCGGAGUUGCAGCACUGUUCCGACCAGUGAUACUUGCCACUAGACUCUGGCCAUAUAUUGCGCUUCUCAUCUCGUUCGCCGCGUUCGUGUUUUGGAAUGGUGGUGUUGUUCUCGGCGACAAGGAAAAUCACGUUGCCACCAUUCACCUCGCUCAGAUGCUUUACAUCUGGCCGUUAAUGGCGUUCUUCUCAGUUCCACUCAUCAUACCAGUUGCAUUCUCAUUCCUCCGAAGCUUAGCGAAACUCCUCGCGCUUCCCUUUUUCCCAAAGUUGUUUUGGAAAUACUUCCGUGUGACAACGUAUAUUGGUCUCGCCUUCUCUGCCACUCUAGUCAUCAUCAGAUUCAACACGAUCAUCCACCCUUUCACUUUGGCUGACAACCGACAUUACAUGUUCUACGUAUUCCGAUACACGAUUCUCCGCCAUGCUCUCGUCCGGUACUUCCUGGCACCCGUGUAUCAAGGCUGCGCCUAUCUAGUCUACCUCACGCUCUGCAUCCCUGAUGCACCUGAGUCCUCAGUGUCCCUGAUGUCCAAGUCUACUAUGCAACCAAAAUCGGUGGCUCUCAUGCCAAAACCACAGGAGCAAGAAGGACCCAGAACUUCAUUUGUUCUGAUACUCCUCGUCACCACAGCAUUAUCACUCAUCACUGCACCACUAGUCGAGCCCCGUUACUUCAUCAUCCCAUGGGUAAUCUGGCGAUUGAACGUGCCGUCUUUCCCUACCAUUCAGGCCCCGAAGAAACAGCGUCAACAAAAGCAAACCAUGGGACAAAAGAUUACUGCUGGUAUCAGGUUCUGGGGGUGGGAGGGCCAUGAUUAUAGGCUGUGGCUUGAGACAGCAUGGUUCUUGCUCAUCAAUGUCAUCACGGGGUAUAUGUUCUUGUAUGGGGGAUUCGAAUGGGAACAAGAGCCAGGGAAUGUACAGAGAUUUAUGUGGUAG